AUGUCAUCUUCCGGCGCAAAGUACACCGAACAGCAGAAGGCUGAUCGCUCAGCCGUCACCGCAGCUCUAACUGAUCCAAAGAACGCCCGGGUCAUGCAGGAUAAGGGCGAUUCCUCGUUGAAGAAACGGACUACAAGCCAAGCUACUGUUUCUGAUCGGAGUAAGAAGGCCACCAAGGCUGCUAAAGCUGCGAAGAAGGAGAAAAAGUCUAGCAUGGACUACGAUCUUAUUAUCGAACGAUCUCGAGAAUCAAUUCUUCAAAACUGGAUAGCUACUGUCCGCGAUGAAGACGUGAUACGUUUGGUAGCAAGAUAUCGGCCUGGCCAGCCGGAGUGUACUAUUGAAAGUGUACUCGGAGGUAGCUUUAACGUGUGCUUCAAGAUCGCAUUCGCUGAUGGACUCCGGUGGAUUGUGCGUGUUCCUAAACCUGGGCGUGUCAUGUUUAUGGAAAAAAAGGUCCGUGACGAAGUAGCGGUAAUAAAGUAUAUCAAAUCAACCACCAGCAUCCCCGUCCCAGAUAUCAUAGCCUUCGGAACAGCAGAUGACAACGUGGGAGGCUUCGGUCCAUUUAUGAUUACCGAAUUUAUCUGUGGCGACAACCUCGGUGUCAAACUUUUCGAUACCAACUCGAACCAGGAUUUUGAAGAGAGCAUCUAUCGUCAGAUCGCUGGCUUUCUUUUACAACUCUCAAAAUGCAGAUUCGACAAAAUUGGAUCCUUGUUUAUGGAUAGCAAUGGAUACCAGCCCACAUGGUCUGUGAAAACAAAGCCGCUGACGUUGGCUAUCAAUGAGACUCUUAGGGGUGGAUGUGUAAAUCUUUAUGGCAUCUCGGAGCCUUAUGCAUCGACGUCUGAAUACUUCCAAAGAACUGCGGAGCAAAAGUUGGAUCACGUACUUCAACAACAGAACUCGAUCGACAAUCGCGAAGACGCAAUCAAGAAGUUGAAUCGCCGCCGACUCUUUAAAUCGAUCACAGCAAAAUUUGUUCACAGCGACUUGGACCAUGGCCCUUUUACACUGGUAUGCGACGACUUUCGUCCUGGUAACAUGCUUGUUAGGGAUGGAAAGAUCGUCGCUGUGUUCGACUGGGAGUGGACUUAUGCCGGACCGUUAGAGCUCUUACUGUCACCACCACGGUGGCUCUGCAAGGACUGGCCAGCAGUUUGGGAUUUGAGUAAGCGUGCUGCAUAUGAUACGAAGGUUAAGAAGUUUCUCGAAAUCCUGCAGGAGGAAGAAAUGAAGAUUAUCAAAUCAGGCCCCGCAAUAAUGUCGAACUUGAUGGAAGAAUCCUGGAAUCGUAGCGGAAAGUUCGAGUACCAUCAGCUUCUUGGCGAAGUCUUCCUCUUCGAUGAAGACUGGUUAUGGGAACGAAUUGAAGCGGACUAUGCCAGCGAGGUGCACAGCCAGCCAGACGAUACAAGUAUUAUUGAUGGCAAGUUGGUGGACUUCGAAGGUUAUUUGGCUAUGAGUCGUCCUAUGCGCAUUUUUGACUACAUAAGCUCGAAGUCUUUGGCUAAAUGUUCGUACUGCUGGGCUUGUCUUCAUCCAGGGUGGAUGAAUCACGAUAUACGCGACUGUGUCCAGGUCCCUCGUGAUGACUCUACCGUAUCUGUGAUGGAAGCCGCAGCUGCAUGCCGCUCUAAAUUUGCUUAUCCAGAGGGUUCAGAUAUCCACGUCGAAUGCGGUGCCCCUCACUAUCUUGGCUGUACCGACCGACUUUGCCUAUAUCAGUUGACUGCAUAUUCAGUAUACGUUGCAGUGACUGGCAAGGCAAGGCAUCUCCAUGAAGAAGCUUGGGAAACUUUCUCCGAACAUUACAAUGUCGACAUAACCAACAUAAGGCCAGAAGAACUAAUAAAAGUCAUGGCUAGGCCUCAUCAAGUAGCUUCAAGAACUGUGUCUGCCCUAGUAUGGUUCAUUGAGCUCAUGCACGAUGAUGCUGAAUCAUCUUUCCAGUGGUAUUCGCAAUACGGUCUUUAA